AUGACUUUCGCUAUUCGAUUGUCCACUUGGAGGCCAGAGAAUCCUCGCGACUUCUGCCAGCCCUUGUUGGCUACACUGGUCGAUUGUGGUCCCUCUCAUCAUCUAGAAGUGGAGAAUGUGGAGGUGGGAGAUCAUCUAGGAAUAGAGAAUGUGGAGGUGGGAGAUCAUCUAGGAAUAGAGAAUGUGGAGGUGGGAGAUCAUCUAGAAGUGGAGAAUGUGGAGGUGGGAGAUCAUUUAGAAGUGGAGAAUGUGGAGGUGGGAGAUCAUCUAGAAGUGGAGAAUGUGGAGGUGGGAGAUCAUCUAGAAGUGGAGAAUGUGGAGGUGGGAGAUCAUCUAGAAGUGGAGAAUGUGGAGGUGGGAGAUCAUCUAGGAGUGGAGAAUGUGGAGGUGGGAGAUCAUCUAGGAGUGGAGAAUGUGGAGGUGGGAGAUCAUCUAGAAGUGGAGAAUGUGGAGGUGGGAGAUCAUCUAGGAAUAGAGAAUGUGGAGGUGGGAGAGCAUCUAGAAGUGGAGAAUGUGGAGGUGGGAGAUCAUUUAGAAGUGGAGAAUGUGGAGGUGGGAGAUCAUUUAGAAGUGGAGAAUGUGGAGGUGGGAGAUCAUCUAGAAGUGGAGAAUGUGGAGGUGGGAGAUCAUCUAGAAGUGGAGAAUGUGGAGGUGGUCAGCCAACAAGAGAAGAUAAAGAAACUCAGAGAUUUCAUAAACCCAGAGGUUCAUGAACCCAAGAUUUUCAUAAACCCAGAGGUUCAUGAACCCAAGGUUUUCAUAAACCCAGAGGUUCAUGAACCCAAGGUUUUCAUAUACCCAGAGGUUCAUGAACCCAAGAUUUUCAUAAACCCAGAGGUUCAUGAACCCAAGAUUUUCAUAAACCCAGAGGUUCAUGAACCCAAGAUUUUCAUAAACCCAGAGGUUCAUGAACCCAAGGUUUUCAUAAACCUGGAAAUAAUUUAG